GUGUGUCAGUGAACGCUGACGUACUUUAAAAAUGUUCCUGUUGUUACUAAACACGAAAUCAAAAUACAGAUCACAUAUGUGAAGUGCUUUACUCGUUAAAGACGCAAUAAACGGUUGUAGUUAGGGUUAUGAAUCUAAAUUCGUAAAUAUAUUUCUGGUGGUUUUACAAGAGAGAAAGUUGCUUUACGUAGGAAAGGGAACAGUUUCUCUAAGUGGCCCACACACCUGCGCUCAUCAAGACAAGGUGGCUGCUGUCAACACCUUUAUAUAAGAGAUACAAGGCUGGUAAUUGGCGAGUACACUAUUAUUGGUCUAGGUGUGACCCCUGCUGAGUGGUCGUAGCGAGACGCCUGCUGACCACCUGUACUUAUAAAAAGGUGCCGGUUAUGGACCUCGCUGAUUGGUCGAGAACUGUCGAUUAGCGAGUCUUCUGACUGGUUGAAAGUGACUCUCAACUGUCAAAUCCUUUCUCCGAUUGGUCGAGAAGUGACCAAUCCCAACGCUCCCGAUAUCCAGAAAUCGGAAACCUCCGGGUUCAUUGAUUGGCUUACACCUCAUCAGAAGCGACCAAUGGGAGGCCUGAUCCACUGGCUGUUGAUAGCCAUUCUUUCUCUUCUCCUGGGGAGGAGCAGAUCUCUACACAUCACCGGGAUAGACGUGCCUCACACAGCCCUCAGUGGGGACACCGUGCGUCUCUCCUGCACCUUCAGGUUGGACGGGGACGCCCUCUACUCUCUCACUUGGUGGAAAGAUCAACAAAUGUUCUUCAACUUCGUUCCAUCAAACUCUCACCCCAAGUCUGUUUACCCCGUCCGAGGCAUUGUGGUGCAUGUGCAAGAGUCGACAUUAAACGAGGUGGUGUUGACGGUGGAUCAUCGCGCUUCGGGCAUCCUCCGCUGUGAACUCCUGGCAACCACCUUCGAGCAGGACACGAAGCAGGACAACAUGACAGUCGUGGAUGUUCCCUCCCGCGGUCCCAGCAUCACGGGUCAGCGCGGAAAUUACCACGUAGGAGAUCUUCUGCUGUUAAACUGUUCCUCCCCGUUCUCCUAUCCUCCCACGGCCCUCACCUGGGAUAUCAACGGCCUCCAGGCAGGAGGACCACGAGAGAUAGUGGUGACGUAUCCAGGAGAGUGGGACGGCGAGGGGCGAGUGUCAGCGUGGUCGGGCCUCCACAUGUGGCUGCGCGCGCAUCACUUCAGGGAGGGCGUGUUGGUGCUCCGGUGUACUGCCUCUAUCCUCCACGUAUACAGGGUCUCCACCGAGCUUAUCAUCACCGACGGCAACUAUAUGCAGACGUCCCCGCGUGAGGGUGCCUCUACAGGUGGAGCGGAAUGGUCUUCAGUAGUAAGGGGGAUGCAGCCGCUACUACUACUACUCCUGCUAUUUCUCCAUCUACUGGGUACUUGAGGCCACCCAUCCCUCGGUCUCACCUACUACGGCAUCUCCUUCAGCAGUAGAACCAAACCGCAGCCACAGUUAGAUUCGAAGCCUGAGUUGCAUUCAAAGGCAGGGUCGAGAAUGGAGGUAGAAUCAAGUGACCGAGAGAGCCUAAAGAGGGUUAAGUUGGGGAUAAGAUACGGUGUUUAAAGUG